AUGCCCUACGGACGUGGAGGUGCAGGUAACAUAUUGCAGGCCAAGGAGGACAGCAAGAAGAUCGUAGAGGACAUCGAAGCGAACCGCGCACCCACCUCCACAUCUCAAUCCGCCCAAGCAAUCGCCCAAGCAACCGCCCAACAAGCCUGCGACUACGCACACAUGGGCCGAGGCGGCGCAGGAAACUGGUACCAACCCACCGAGCUCCAAAAAGAAGGCACAUUCACCCAACCCUCCGAUUCCACCGCCAUACCCACGUCCUCGAAACCACAAGUUAGCACGCCAUGGCAUCCUGAGAGCCAGGAGUUGCCGGUCGCGCGGUCGGGACGCGGGGGCGCGGGAAAUUUCGUGUGGAAGAGCGAGGAGCAGGUAAGGAGGGAGAGGGAGGGGAGGGAAAUGGAUGAGAUUAAGAAGAAGGAGAAGGUUAGUUUGGAGGUGGAGAGGGGGGUUGAGGCGGUGCUGGCGAGGCCAGGGCAGGCGAGGUUGGGGGAGGACAAGGUGGGGAGGGGGUGGUGA